UGCGCCCACAUGUGGACAGGUCACAGGGGGAUAACGGGGCUGUGGGACGCCGGGUAGCCUGUCAAAUGAAACCCUCGCAGUUGUUAAGUAAUUUCUGUCACAGUGGUCCUCUUUUACCGCGGAGUACAAGGCUCGACGUUCAGCAACACCGGCAGACAUGUCAUACUGCAGACAAGAGGGUAAAGAUCGCAUCAUCUUCGUGACCAGGGAAGAUCAUGAGACACCCAGCAACGCUGAGCUCAUUGCAGAGGACCCAGAUGACCCUUAUGAGGAACAAGGUCUGAUCCUUCCAAAUGGCGACAUCAACUGGAACUGCCCGUGCCUGGGCGGCAUGGCCAGCGGACCUUGUGGCUCUCAGUUCAAAGAGGCCUUUUCCUGCUUCCACUAUAGUAAGGAAGAGGUGAAGGGCUCAGAGUGCAUCGACAACUUCCGUAAUAUGCAGGAGUGCAUGCAGAGGUACCCAGAGCUCUAUCCUCAGGAGGAAGAUAAAGCAGAGUCCAACUCUGGUUCUGCCUCCGACCCCCCCACUGAGGGCUCUGCCUUACCAUCUGAAACUGACUCUACCCCAGCCUCUUCGGAACCUGAGUCGGCUGUCCCAUCUGACAGCAUGUCACCUACAGACGAGCAGACUACCAGCUAAGCUCACUCAUUUCUCAUCCAGGCUCUUGUUCUCUGAGUAUGAGCACUGCCCAGCAUAAAGACUCUCCAUGAGGAUCUCUGUUUAGUCUCUUUUCCUGUUUAAGCCAACGUACAGGGUUUACUGACAUAGCUUUGACCCUCAGGGGCAAGGACUUUGUGAACGCAGAGAAAUGUACAAACUUAUAGGCUGCUUUGUUUGCUGCACAGUUAAAUAUCAUUGAAUAAUAUAUUUUAAUGGCAGCAGGCCAAGCUCUUUGCUGCAGGGACAUUAGCUGAAAGAUUCACUCUAUAUGCAAAAGAAAUUUAAUUUUAAUUUGCGUGUUCUCAUGUCAAACGGGAGAGCUGUUAACAAUCAUUAUGUGUGUUGUGUUGUUAGUGUCAACUUAGCACUGAUUCAUCACUAAUAAUUGCAUUUGACAGAAAGCUUAAGACCCUACCUUGACUCAGUUUGGACUCUUACAGUAGAAUCUCUUUGCUUUCCAUCACUUGAAAGACCAAAGCACCGAUCAUUUGGAAGAAAACAAAGCUACUGUUACAGCUUCUGUUCAGUGAACACUGCAUUGAUAUUAACACGUUUGUAACUGUGUUUGUCGAAACUUAAGGGUCUCCAUCUUCAUCUGUUGCCGUGUGAACAAUGGUCAUCAUUUAUAUUCAUGAUCUCUGUAUCUGGCCUCGACCAAAGUGGUUUGUCAUUGCAUAAAUGUUGUCUUAACACUGUCUACUGUCUAUGAUUUGGUGCUGUUGUCACCAUUCGGUGUCAUUCGGGCCUUAAAAGACCUGACGGGUUUAUCUCAAACCACUGUCCAGCAAUGUCCAGAUUAAAAUGACUGUCGAACAAUC